GAGUGAAUCCGCCUCGACACCUUCGUCAGAACAGAAGCGGUGGUUGAUUCCAUUCUUGAAGCUUCAAAGAUUCGCUGUCCUUUGGGCGGGGAUUCACUUCUUUGUAGAACGACGAAGCUAUCGAAUGUCUAGAGGAUGAAGAAUGGAUUCUUUUGAGUGGAUCGAAAGUAGUGGACAACAGGUAUGUACUCCUGUAAGAAUGAAAAGGAAAAUUAGAUCCAAGAGAUAUGAAUUCGUUGGUUGGGGCUCAAGACCACUUAUUGAAUUUCUUGAAUCAGUUGGUAAGGAUAUCAAAGAGAAGAUUUCUCGACAUGACGUUACCUCCAUUAUAAAUGAAUAUGUCAAUAUUAACAAUCUUCUUCAUCCCUCUAAGAAGAAACGAAUCCUUUGCGAUGAUAGGCUCCAUUCCAUUUUCGGAAGGAAAACAAUUGGCCGUAUUAAAAUCCAUGAUAUGCUAGAACCACACUUUGCCGAGAAUCAACACGAGUCAGAUGAUGAUUUUUCUUACAGCUCCGAUGAGACGGAAAAUCUUUUCAGUGUCCUCAAACGGGACAAUGGUAUAACCCCAGGAAGAAAGCUUAGUCAGAAGACGAGAGUGCAUGUGAAUCCCAACAGCUCUUUUGCUGCCGUGGUUCCUGGAAAUAUUAACCUUGUCUACUUAAGAAAGAGUUUAGUAGAGGAUCUGCUUAAAGAUCAUGAAACCUUUGAGAGCAAGUUGAUUGGUAGCUUUGUCAGGAUUAAAUCUGAUCCUCAUGACUAUCUUCAGAAAAAUACUCAUCAGCUCGUUCAAGUUAUAGUUUCCAUUGUUGUUUUAAUGACCCAGAGUCAUUUUUCAAGUUUAAAUCGUGCUUGGAAUAGUAUCUACCAUUGGAGAAGUUCAAUUAAUGAAACGACAGUCAGCCUCUUGGCUCUUGAAGCCAUCCUUGAAGUGUAUUGCUUAAGUUUCUUCUUUUUCUUCUUUCAAGGGUUGAAGAAAAUUUCUAUAUCUGGUGAUUUGGGUCCAGGAUUCCUUCUUCAUGUUUCCAAUGUGAUGAAAGACGUCAGCAUUUCAAUGCUUUCAGAUGAAAAUUUUUCUGAGGAGGAAUGCAAAGAUCUGGAUCUGAGAAUAAAAAACGGCUUGGUCAAGAGAUUAACUAUCGCAGAGGUUCAACGAAAAGUUGAGGUUUUGCAUGUGGAUAUUACCAAGCAUUGGCUUUCAAGAGAAAUUUCUUUGCUGCAAAACCUCAUUGAUCAAGCGAAUGAAAAGGGGUGGCGCAAGGAGCUUGAUCAAUAUCUGGAGAAAAAGCAGCUCCUUCAGUCUGCUGCAGAACAGUCACGGAUAUUGCGUGAGAUUCCACAAGUGAUUGCAGAUGAAACAGAAUUUGGAGGCAUUCAUGCCAGUGCAGAUCAAGCAGAUAAUGUCACCAAGGAAGGAGAUGAAACAAAGUUGCUAGAUAUAAGGGAGGCUUCAGAUGAUAGAAAGCAAGGAGAAACUGUAUUUAGUUCAAACUCAAAUGUUGAUACUUAUGGUGCAGAAAACCCAACUACAGCUUUGAUGUUCAACCUGAAUGAAAAUACAGAAUCCAGACAGAUUUUUCUUGAUGAACAGGCCGCACAACCAGUAGAAUGUACUUACAAUUACUUUAUAGAGUCAGAACCAAUAAAUGCUGUGGAUAAAGGCUGUCAAGCGAAUGAGCAGAUUAAAGAAUCUACAGUGAUAGAUUUGAGCGAUGACGAUGAACCACCAAGAGCUGAAGAGCAUGAUUGGAAUAACAAACUAAAAAGCUUGAUUUGGUAUUAUUUAGAUCCUCAGGGGGACGUUCAAGGGCCCUUUUGUCUUGCCUCGUUGAAAAACUGGAAGGAUGCUAACUAUUUUCCUUCAGAUUUCAAAGUCUGGAGGACGGGUCAGACUCAAGAUCAAGCUGUUUUAUUAAACGACAUUCUUUCCCCCUUUUUCUCAUAACUAAUACUGUUAGAUUUUGAUAUAUUCCGCACAUUCUUAAUUUCUAUAUCAAAUAGAUGCAUUACUACAUGAAGAGGUAAGCUCCCUAACUUUCUCGUUUUACCAUAAUCUUUAUUAAUGUCUAACAAA